CGUCAUCAUACUGCGUCUUGUAGUGUGGAAAACACAUGAGAAAGUGGUGGUUUUUCUAGUUCAUUUGAAGUUUAGCAUUUACAUUAAGUUAAAGAAUCAGAGUUCUUCACGAAUGUAGACAUGGCGAAUUGAUAUUCAGCGAAAAUCAUUUUCAAAUGCGAGAUAGCUGAAAAGAAUACACAAACUGUCUUGGAGUGAUUUAUUUUUCUGAAGGAAUGUCUCUGUUUCUUGUAAACAGGUAUCUUGGGGAGGAGGAAGAUGGGAACCUCUCUAAAGAGUCUCGGUCUCAGGCGUUACUGGCUAAACUGCAACAGAAGGCAAAAGAGAAGCAGAAACAGAGUUUGACGGAAGAAGGACAAAAGCCGCCUAAAGAACGGACGAAAAAGCAGGAUAUAAAAAAGAAAAGAAAAGAUGACAAGGACAGCAGUGAGGAGCCUGAACACAACAAGAAGCGGAAAUCUGAAGCAGCGGCUGUGGUUGUCACAGAGACUGAUGAGCCAAUCGAGGAGGAAAAGAAGAAGCAGACGAGUCCAAAUGAGAAACGGAAGAAGAAGAAAAAGGAUCAGUCCGUGAAAAGUCUUCCUGACACUCCUGUGGCUGGAAGAGGAGGCCUGGAGGAGACAGGAGAAGGUGAAAAGAAAACAGAGACGGAAAACAUCGCACCAGAACAAACCACGGAGAAAACUCCUGCUCCAACUGGGUUCACUGUUCUGGGAGGGUUUGACAACAAACCUGUACAAAAGGUGCACAGGGUGCUGCCUCAGUGGCUCGCUCAGCCAGAUGUGAUCCACAGGGACAUUAAAGGACACCUGGUGGACAUCUCCGAGAUCCACGGACUCUCCGCUCUGCUCGUAAAGAAACUUCAGAGUAGUGGAAUCCAGAACUUUUUUCCAGUGCAGGCAGAGGUGAUCCCUGCUGUCCUGGAGAGCGCUCAGCAGGGGCUUCUGAUUGGACGAGGCGGCUACAAGCCCAGAGACAUAUGUGUGUCUGCUCCUACAGGCAGCGGCAAGACGCUCGCGUUUGUCAUACCCGUCAUCCAGGUUCUGAUGGAGCGGGUGGUGUGUGAAGUCCGUGCUCUGGCCGUGCUGCCAACCAAAGAGCUCGCCCAGCAGGUGUGCAAAGUGUUUGCGUCGUACGCUGAGGGAACCUCUCUGAAGGUGGUGAUGCUGGCCGGCCAGAAGUCCUUCGCUGCAGAGCAGAGCUCCCUGUCAGAGCUCAGGGGGGGCAUGAGACGCAGUUUGGCGGACAUUGUUGUGGCAACUCCGGGUCGGCUGGUGGAUCACAUCAACAAGAACUCAGGGUUCAGUCUGGAACACCUCAGGUUUCUAAUUAUAGACGAGGCCGACAGGAUGAUUGACAGCAUGCACCAGUCGUGGCUCAGUCAGGUGGUGAAGGCAGUGUACAGACCAGGAAGUGGACAGGAAGCCAUGUCCAUCUUCAGGAGGGCGGAGCCAGCACAUGUGACAGCAGCCAGUCUGUCCCCACCUCAGAUGCCGCUGCAGAAGCUGCUGUUCUCUGCCACGCUCACACAGAACCCAGAGAAGCUGCAGCAGCUGGGCCUCCACCAGCCCAGACUCUUCAGCUCCAUACACAGCCAGUCCAGCACCAUCAGCACCCCCAGCAGCACGGCAGAACCCCCCCACACACAGGGCUGCUUUAACUUCCCCCAAGGGCUCACGGAGUAUUACGUUCCCUGUACGCUGAGCAAAAAGCCUCUUCUCAUCCUCCACUUCAUCCUGCGCAUGAAGCUCAGCCCCAUCCUGUGCUUCACCAACUCCAGAGAGGCUGCACACAGGCUGUUUGUGCUGGUGCAGCUCUUUGGUGGCGUUCAGGCGGCUGAGUUCUCCUCCAGACUGUCUCCUGCUGACAGGAAGAAGACGCUGAAGGAAUUUGAACAAGGAAAGAUCCAACUGCUGAUCAGCACAGACGCAGCAGCCAGAGGCAUCGACAUCAACGGGGUCAAAUGUGUGGUGAAUUAUGACGCACCGCAGUACAUCCGGACAUACAUCCACAGGAUUGGAAGAACAGCCAGAGCAGGGAAAACCGGCCUAGCCUUCACCUUCCUGCUGGGAGUACAGGAGAAGAACUUCCUGCACAUGGUGGUGGAAGCAGGAACGCCCGGGAUUCAGAAGCAGAUUGUCAAACCAGAGAGCCUGAAGGGGAUGGAAGCCCGGUACGAACAAACGCUGCAGGAGCUGGCUAACGUCAUCAAGGACGAGAAAACCAAAUAAAGGAGCAGCACAGACAUUCUCCUCUGAGCCCACAUCUGGGCCUCAAAAGAACAUGUUGCAUUUUCAGCUGUACUUGGAAUAUUUAUGUUGUUUAAUAAAAACAUAAAAUACAGAAACACAAAA